AUGGCCAAUUACAAGCACUGCUUCUUUGCUGCCAUCUUGUUCAUUAUCCUGUGUUCUUCAAGCAUCCAUGUCUCCGUAGCGGCUCGCAAUCUUCUCCAGACGACGGUACCGUCUUUGCCUAAACCUGCCACAACACUGCCACCUUUCCCUCCCCUGCCAACACUGCCACAACCCACAUUGCCUAACUUGCCAAACUUGCCAAACUUGCCAAACAACCUACCAUCUCUACCUAUUCCCACCGGCGGCGGCUCCACACAGACACAGCUGCCUCCACUUCCCAAUUUCCCUACUACAUCAUUCCCUGCUAUCCCUAAGGUUACACUGCCUCCAAUACCAAACUAUCCCUCAGUACUACCAAACAAUUUCCCUACUAUAAUUCCAUCUUUCCCAUUUUUCUCUCCACCACCUGCAGCCGCCUUGGGCGGCGGCGCCGCCCCUCGAAAACUCUUAGCACCAACCUUUCCUUAUAAUGUGCCCAAUAUUAAUAUUCCAAACCUCAACUUUCCACCUCUGCCACCCACAAUCGACCUUCCUUUUCUGCCACCCACACCACUUUGGCCAGAAUACAGGUUGCCUCCCCCUAUUACUUCACUUCCAGAUUUCCCUCCAGUUCUCACUUUCCCCAUCGCCUCUCCACCUUCAAUUACCACUACCCCUUAA